GAUCGUGCAGCAGAUGAUGAUUCCCUGGUCUACACUGGACGUGCAUUUUCCUACGGUAGUACAACUGGUAUCAGUUUAUCUUUCCCAGCAGGAGAGUGUGAGAAACCUGUGGACAUUUCAGUCCAAGUUGCCAAUGACGACUACAUCCUGCCAUCGGGGUGUGACGAAAUGCCAAUAGUGAGUGAUAUGUACAAAAUCACUGCAAGUGAUGCAUUCCUUGUUCCAGUGACUUUACGUAUGAACCACUGUGCUGUAAUGGAAGAGGAAGAUUCUCUAGUUUUCAUUGUAGCACAUGGCUCCCCGCCACACCGAUUCAACCUCUUGUAUGGAGGCAUUUUUCCUCCUGAUGAAACGUAUGGGGAAAUAAAAUUGAAAAACUUCAGUAUUUUAGCAAUACUUGCCCAUAAAUUGGGAUGGAGAAUGUCGCUAUCCGUACAGGUAUUUUAUCACAAGAACAACACUGCUGCAACUUUUGUUGUCACAAAAAAUACACCGUCACUCAUUCAAGCUGUCAAAGAAGAGUAUUCUGAUGCUGUUCCAGGAUCAAGCAACUCAAUAUUGUGCGACUACACCACAAGAGCAAUUACCCUCUCAAUACAAGCGAACCCACAGGCUGGAUGGAUUGUUGUACCGGAUUUUGAUCCUCCGCAGAUUUUAACGCGACUAAUUCAAGAAUACAGGGAGGGGAAAACACCACCUUGCAUACAAUUGAAUGUGAAAUGGACAGGGCAAGGGAAACCAAAAGAAGAGGAACUGAAAAUUAGAGUACACGGAUGUUCAAUUAAAUCUUUCACCCUUUUCAGUAAGCAUUUCAUUCCAUCAUCUAUAGCAACUCAGUUACAAAGCCAGCACCAACCACUAGUCCUUGGACUCCAGUCUACUGCUCCCCUGUCACCACUGUCUUCAAAUGCCUCCUCUCCGCCUCGCACUCCAAGAGAAUCACAUGCAUCCCUUGCACAACCAACAGCCAUCCUUGUAAAUGACCAAGAAGCCACAAUCUCAGAGGAACGGCCAGAGGAGAAAAGAGAGGCUGGUUUGGGCAGCCCUGAUACCACCAGUGGUGACAGCAGUACACCCAAGCUUUCUCCCAUGGCAGAAGAAAAAACUUCCAUCCCUGUGUCCUCCAAGUUAAGACAAACAGGAAACCUAGUGACUACACCAAAGCUGCUUAACUUCAACCACCCACAGUUUUUAAACUUUGAUACAACAUCAGCUACUGAAGGAGAGAGAACUUUUGAUGGAUGUCUUCUUCCUGAAUCUAUGACUCUGUUGUCCACCUUAUCUGACUGCACUAGUGAGGGAAGAAAGUUCACAGACGAGGCCAACGACUUCAGUCUGGACAUCCCAGAGGGAGCCAUUGCUGAGGGAGAGAGGCACACUGUUGACGUGGGAGCCGGUCUCUUUUGCCCAUUCCAGUUCCCAGAAGGUCUGAGACCUGUGUCUCCCGUGUUCUGGGUCUGUGUCCGUGACAAGAAGAACUUCCAGUUCUCCAAACACGUCCCAGUCACCAUCCCUCACUUCCUUAACCUUGAAAAUGAUGACGACGUCCAAUCUCUGGGUCUUACAUUUCUCAAAGCAGACCACGACAAGAACUCUGAGGGGCUGUAUGAAUUCAACCCAACAGAUGGAGAGAUGGACUUUCAAACUUUCAAAUCACAUGGAAUUCUUCGAACAUUGCAUUUCUGUUCCCUUUGUAUUGCCGCAAGAGACAUACCAAAGAGCCUUGAAAAGGCAUUGUUCUGCAUUACUGCCGUUCUUCCACAAUUCUCAAUACCCGUCGGGAAAAGUAUUAAUUUAUACUUUCUAAUCACUUUUCUGAAUUUAAAAACUUGCCUCAAGAAGGUAGACGAUAUAAUAGCAACAAUGGAGUUGGAUGGACAUAACACAAAACAGCUAAAAUUUCAAUUCAACACUAACACCAGAACUCCCGCACUAGAGAUGGUUAUAACACAACCAAAACACGGCAAAAUUGGAUUAUCAGGAAACACAAAGGUGUUUCGCAGUGAGGUGGAUUUCUUUGUGAAAAGAAGGCUUUCAGAGGGAGAACUAAACACUUUGAAGAGUGAUAAGUUCUACCCUCCACGAUUUGAGGGCUACUUUGCUUCUUUCAGGGCGAAUGCAACACUAGACGACGGCAAGAUUGUCUUCAAAGGCGCCACCAGUGACAUUGUGUACGACGUACACCUUGAUUGUCCUACUGCCAUUCCUGCUAUUAAAGAAGCAGUGGAUGUGAGUACACAGACCGAGAGCCAGCUCCUACUUGGUAUGUGA